AUGUCUAAAUCCAAGUCCAAAGAAUACGUCUCCGAUAGUUAUCAAAAAAUCAAAGAAUUCAAAUCAUUACCAAAAAACUUAGACAAGAAAGAAAUAUGGUUAAUUAAAACACCAAAAGGUUUCAAAUUUGAUGGAUUAACCAAGAUUCCAAUCAAUUUUAAUCCAAAUGGAACAUCAUUAGAUUUUUCAAAAGAUUCUAAAAAUUAUAAUAUACAAGAAGAUUUAACAAAUUUUAACUCGAACUUAAGUGGGAAAUCUGAAGAUGUUUCAAGUAAAUAUAGUUUAUUAAUACCAAAAGAAACUAAAAAUGGUUUAAAAAUUCAAAAUUCUUUGAAAAUUAAUAAAUUUUAUAAUAUUAAAGAAUCUGUAUCAAUACCAGACAUUAAUUAUGGUAAAGUUAUCAAAAAGAGAAAAAACAUUAGAACUAUAAAAGGUUUAAAACCUCAACAUUUUGCAACUGGUUAUGACAGAGUUGAAGAAGAUGUUGCUAGUGAUGCUGAAGAUGUUGAAAUUAAAGAUGAAGAAAAAGAUCAAGAUGGUGAUUUGAAAAUUGAUGAUGAUGAAGCUAAAGUCGAAGCUAAAAAGGAAAAGAAAGAUAAGAAGGAAAAGAAAGAAAAGAAAGAAAAGAAAGAAAAGAAGGAGAAAAAGGAUAAAAAAGAUAAAAAGAUCAAAAAGGAAAAGAAAUAG